AGUCUCCUCCAACUCUCUAUCACUUCACAGUCUUAUCUUUGCAGUGGUAGGUGGGAAUCAUUCAUGGCAAUAGUUUCAACUAACCAUUGUCAAAUAUUUUAAUUACAAUUUACAUCUACAAACAAAUAGCUUGGUGUAGCUACUAAAAUUGGGAGUAUUCAUCUGUAAGAGAAAGGAAGAAAGGAUAUUCAGAGGAGCUAAGAUUCAGUAGAAAAAAUGGAAGAAUCUGCUGCCCUCCUUCAAGGUCUUGUCCAAAACCUGAUCGAGCAUUCCAAAAAUGAGAUCUCACGUGUCGGACGUCCUGGAAAAGCAGCAAAGAUAGGUGAGAGUCUGGAGAUGAUCCAGGAAUAUUUGAACGAAGCAGAGAAGAGGGAUGGUAGGGACGUGAAUAUCUGGUUGACAAAGCUUGAAGAUGUGGCGUUUGAUGCUUACAACCUUUUGGAUGAACUCAGCUAUCAUUCUCUCUCCAAACAAGUCAAGUCCCUCAAACAAAGCGCCGGCUUCUCAUUCUUCAAUAAUAUUAUUGUACGUUCCCUGGAUAUUGCUACUAGAAUCCAAAAGUUCAAUAAGGAUUUGGAGUCCAUUAAAAAAGAGGCAGGAAGGCUUCGCCUUGGGGAGAGGCUCCAUCCCGAUGUGCCCGCUUUGGUUAAUGCUACUACUUACGAAACUGAUUCGUUCAGUCUUGAUCCGAUUUUUGUUGGAAGAGAUGAGGUGGUGCGGGAUGUAAUUGAGAUACUCACCACUGUUAUCACAACCGAUGCACGAAUUUCCAUCGUUGCCAUUGUGGGAAUGGGAGGCGUGGGGAAGACAGUCUUGACUAGAAAAGUCUUUGAUUUUUUAAAGAAAAAGACCCACUUUGAAUCACAUAUUUGGGUGCAUGUUUCUCAAUUUUUUGAUCCAAAGAGUCUUUUCAAGAAAAUUCUCAAAGAGCUGACUUCUUCUGAUCAAGUUCAGGUAGAGAGUAUGGAAGAUAUCCUGGAAAUGCUUGAAGAAGCUUUGAGAGAUAAAACUUAUCUUUUUGUUCUUGAUGAUGUCUGGAACGAAGAUCCUGUCAUAUGGGAGUAUUUUAUAAAUCAUUUGUUGGAGGUUACUUGUAAUAAGGGUAAUGCAAUUGUUGUUACCACAAGAAUUAUGUCUGUCGCUGUGACUGUGAAUGCAAUUCAUACACUUCCGCUGACAGGGGUUUCCGAUGAAGAUUGUUGGUCAAUUAUCAAAGCAAAAAGCUUAGGAAAUAAAGAUUUUCCGUUGGCGUUUGAGGCUAUUGGUAGAAGGAUUGCAGCAAGAUGUCAAGGUUUGCCGUUAGCUGCCAACGUCGUUGGUGGAGUACUGCGCACUAAAUCUGAAGAAGUAUGGCUCUCAGUUCAAGAGAAAUGGCUUCCGGGCGAUGAACAGAAUCAUAUCACAGGCAUAUUGAGGUCGAGCUUUGAUAAUUUGUAUCCAUCAUCACUUAAGAAGUGCUUUGCGUAUUGUUCGAUUUUUCCUAAAGGUGGAAAAAUCGAAAGUCUUAAACUGAUUGAGUAUUGGAUGGCUGAAGGAUUUCUUGAAGUUGGUGGAAGCAAUGACACCAACAAUUGCAUGGAACAUACAGGGGAAAAAUUUAUCAAUAUUCUUUUACAGAAUUCAUUACUUCAAGUUGCAGAAAGGGAUGAUGAUGGAAAUGUGACAAGUUGUGUGAUGCAUGACUAUACGCAUGACCUCGCGAAUUCAAUUUUAUCUUCUCAUAACAUAUAUGGCAUGAGCCGAGUGAGGUACAUGAUUUACGAAGAAGGAUCGGACGGAUCAGAUCCUAUUUCAAAAGAUGUGGCAAAAUAUUUGCGCACAUUAUUCGUUCAGGGUAAAGCUUUUGAUGCCAUGUUCUCGGACUUCAAAUGUUUGCAUAAUCUGAUUCUUUCUGGUGAUAAUUUUGAGGAGUUGCCGAGUGCGGUUAGGAAGUUGAUACAUUUGAGAAACCUUGAUAUUUCAAAUACCAAAAUUGGAAACUUGCCGGAGUGGAUUGGUGAACUCCACCACUUGCAAACACUAAGAGCAUGUAAGUCACAUUUGGAGAAACCGAAACUGCCAAGUACAUUGAAGAACUUGUUUAACUUAAGGCAUCUUUAUAUCAAGCGGAACACAGAGUUGCCUCCAGAGAUUGGGAGGUUAACUUGUCUCCAAACACUACCAGUCUUUAGAGUGGGCAAAGACAACGGCUAUCAAAUUGAAGAACUCGGAAGUUUGAAAAUUCUCAAAGGAAAACUAGAGAUUGGUAAUCUGGAGAAGGUGUAUGAUAGGAAAGAGGCUCUGAAAGCAAAUAUAUUUGAGAAGCUAAACUUGUCUGAAUUGGUGUUAAGAUGGGAGGCAAGCAGAGAAGGUGAAAGAAAAAAUGAAACUGUUUUGGAUGAAAAAAGUAAUGAGGCUGUGUUGGAAGGCCUCCAGCCUAACCACAAUCUAAAGAGGUUAAAGAUUGCAGGAUUUAAAGGGAAAAAAUUUCAUCAUGGAUAGUUGAAAGUGGGCGGCUUGACAAUUUAAUUGAGAUCAAACUCAGCAGCUGCCAAAAAUGUGAAGAAAUCCCAACACUGGGGCACUUGCCAAAUCUCAAAUCUCUUACUUUGAAAAGAUUGAGUAAUGUGAGGUUGAUGAAGUCUUCUUUUCACAUGACUGGCAACAGCGAUGGAGUAUUCUUUCCAGCACUGGAAAGUAUCAUACUGUUAAAUAUGGCCGAGCUGAGCGAGUGGACAAUAGAAUCUGAGUGUGAAGUGAAGGUGUUUCCUGGCCUUAAAUCCUUGAAGAUGUACCACUGCUACAAAUUGGAAUGCCUCCCGAGCUGCUUAUUCCGGGGCACUCAAAGUUUAUUGGAGUUGGAUAUAAGGCAUUGCCCCAAGUUGAAAGCAUUACCAGAUGGUUUGCACGCCCUCAAUUAUCUGGAGCAUAUGCACAUUAGAGGGUGUCGCAAUCUGAAGUUCAUAGCGAAUCCAAGUGGCGGGGGGAGCUUAAGUUCCCUCCGUAGUUUGGAGAUUCGUGACUGCCAAGAGCUGACAACAAUGUUGGAGCCAUCAGCGCAUUUGCUAGAGAAAGUGUCUAUGGUGGAACUAAAGAGCCUUCAGAAUCUACCCAAGUUUCUUGAUUGCUUGGCAAAAUCACCUCUGCUGGUAGAACUGACUGUUGUUGCUGUCCCGGAAAUCACUUCUAGUGUCAAAAUCUGGCCUUUUCAAAGCUUGAAAAAAUUGGAGAUUGAUGUUAGCAGGCAGUGGUCAAAAGAGAAUAGUGAGGCCAUCAAAGCAAGAGUUGAUGGCAUAUUGAAAAACUGCCACUCUUCACUGGGUGAGCUAGCUUUGACAGGGCUAGAAAUAUGGGAAUGUUUGCCUGACUCACUUCAACUUAGCACUGCUCUUUAUAGUUUAGAGUUGGCGAAUGUUGGAGUAGAAGCAUUGCCUGAAUGCUUUGGAAAGCUCUCAUCUCUAACAAGAUUGAGCCUGACUAAUUGUACAAAACUGAGGGGGCUUCCCCCAAUGCAGAGCCUCACCAAAUUACAGGAGUUGCGCAUUCGCGAUUGCCCCAAAUUACGAAUCAAUGCUGAGAGGCACAAGUUCUCGAGUCGCACCCUCAUCUUCAUUAAUGGUCACCAAUUUGGCUAGUAUUUUUGUAUGGUGCCAAGUUUGACCAUAUCUACUAUUACUAUCAUCAACUUAUUAGUAUGUCUUAACAGGCAUGUAUAUGUUGCAUUAAAACUCCCAUAAUGUUAUUCUGCAAGGAUUGAAUCUUUGACUACCAGGACUUACAUUCCUAUAACAUUGUGUAGGGUGAAGAAGAGCAAGGUAAGUUUGAAAGAAUACCUAAACUGUAUCAUCUUCUAUGUUUUUCUGCAGAUAUCCAUUUUAUUUAGUAGUUUGUUCUUGGUAGAAUCAUUUACUUGGUGAUGUAUUUGAAUUGCUUUUGAGUAUUUGGUUUGAAUUAUUGAUUUAAAUUGUUUU